AUGGAAGCGUCAAUCAACGACGCGUUCCCUGCCAGCAAUCACGAUGUUCCGGAUUCGACCGACUGGUUAGGAACGCCUCUGGCUAGCCUCAUGCCCGUUGAGCAAGCUUUUCGCUGUCAUGUAUGCAAGGACUUCUACAACUCGCCUAUGCUCACUUCUUGCAACCAUACUUUCUGUUCACUCUGCAUACGAAGAUGCCUCUCUGUGGAGGGGAAAUGCCCCUUAUGUCGGAUGUCCGACCAGGAAUCCAAACUGCGCGGAAAUUGGGCACUGAGAGAGGCCGUUGACGCAUUUACCAAAGCCCGGCCAGCCAUUUUGUCAGUUGCGAAGAAUCCCCCAGUAGUGGUGGUCUCGCAGUCACCAAAGAGAAAGGCUAUGCAAGAUGGCGUGGAGGAGUCAGAGCCACAAGCCAAAAGAACGAGGACGUCCGCGAGGCUGAGCAAGACUAGAGCUGCAGAGGCCACUGCUGUAAUGGCGCAAGAAGAGGCUGGUCUACCGGGGGAUAAUGAUGGUGCCGAUUAUGAGCCAGACGAUGGCCUGGUGGCAUGUCCGAUAUGUCAGAAACGGAUGAAGGAUUGGCAGGUUGAUAAACAUCUUGAUACCUCGUGUUCGGGUGUUCCACAGCAACGCACCACGCCAAGACCGAUACAAACAGGGUUUGGGUCCAACAAGGAUGGCGCACCUGCGAAGACCAGUCAACCUCUGCCCGAAAGAUUGCCCUCGUUGAGCUAUUCCCUCCUCAACGACAACGCCUUACGCAAGAAACUGGCAGCGUUGGGCAUAUCAACCAAUGGACCUCGGCAGCUCCUUGAGCGCAGACAUAAGGAGUGGAUUACAAUCUGGAACGCAAAUUGUGACUCUGCACAUCCCAAACGACGGGCAGACCUAUUACACGAUCUCGAUGUGUGGGAGCGAACACUAGGGGGGCGAGCCCCUGUUGCAUCGCGUGCCGCCAAUGUUGGGGCGCAAAUAAAAGACAAAGACUUUGACGGGGCGGCCUGGUCUGCUCGGCACGACACAUCAUUCAAGGACCUAAUUGCCAAUGCACGGAAAAGCAGGUCAAAAGCAGAACAGAGAAAGCCGAGCACAGAUACUGCAACGGACUCAGGUCUAUCUAGUGACCCAGGUCUCGACCAACGUACGGUGACCGAUUUGGCUGAAACGCCCUCCAGUCAGACGCAGAAACGGGGUCCAGAAGUGGUUAAUGCGGAAAUAAUCGCUCCUAUCAAUAGGGCUGGAAUGGAAAGGGAGAAGAGUCCAUAUGCCGACGGACUUUCAAGUACGACUGCUAUUGACAUCACUCCAGCAGGGGGUGAUGCUCGGCAUGGCGUGGAUGAAACGAUAUCAUGA